AUGGAGAGACGUGGAGGAAGUCCGAGUCGCGGGAGUAAUUAUGGCCUAGCCUGCAUGCAAUGCGUCAAGGCCAAAUGCCGGUGCGUGCCUCGUGCUACUGGUGAUAGUUGCGAAAGAUGCUUCCGUCUGAGAAAAGACUGCCAACCAUCAGACUCGGCGCGCAGGCGAAAUGCUCAGAAGGGAAAAGAGUCUGAUACGCGAAUUGCGCAUCUCGAAGGCAAGAUAGAAACUCUGAUGUCCGUUAUGCAAACGGUCGCUGGCUCGUCUGGCUCGCCAAUUGACUUGCACCGGCUUUUAAACGGAGAGAGCAUUCCACUGCCCAUUACUGGCUCUAGUGGCAUUUCAAUGGAUUCCACAAGCACCUAUCCUAAUCCAAGUCAAGGGCCGACGCCCCCAACGGAGUCAUUUCCAACGGCACCACAAUCUUCAAAUCCGUCGCCCCCGGCUCUAUCUGAUAUUACUCCCUUUGAAGCAGAAGCUUCUUUCAAUUUUUUUCGAAGCCGAAUGCUUCCAUGCUUUCCCUUUAUCAGCCUAGCCCCUGACGUGACCGUCUGGCAGGUCCGCCAAAAUCGGCCGUUCCUGUUCCAGGCUAUCAUUACCGUCACCACAUUGUCGACACAGAAAAAAUUUGCUCGAGCGGAGGAGCUAAAGCACCUUAUAUUUACAUCUGCCCUGCUUGAUGUGCAAUCCAGCUUUGAUCUGUUAGUUGGCAUCCUAACAUAUCUAGCAUGGAGUACGGAUGCGUUUCUAGGUCGAGCAGACCUUCUUUCUCGUCUCAUGAUGCUCGCCAUCUCACUAGUUUAUGAUCUACGAUUAUUCAAGCCGUCACCACCCGAUGUGCAGAUGAUAGUAACACUUACCCAGGGGUUUUCUGAAGAUAACAGGCUUGCCAACGAGGAAACAUUGCAAAGCUUCAUGGACCAGCAACGUGCUGUCCUAGCAUGUUUUGUUCUAAGCUCCAAUAUUUCAUCCCACUUUGGGCGUAUAGAUGCACUGCGAUGGACUCCUCAGAUGGAAGAGGCGCUACGCGUGAUUGAGAAGAACAAGCCAUAUCCUACAGACGAGUGGUUUGUUUUUGAAGUGCGUUUGCACUUGAUAAUGCAAAGGGCAAGUCAUAUCCGGGAGCAGCAUGAGACAGAUCGCGCUCGCACAGCAGCUUCCACCACAGCUACGCCAGUUCCGGAGAUACUCACUGCGUACACUCGAUAUGUCGAGCUUUAUAUAGAUCAAGCGGGUCGUUUGAUUGGUCCGGAUGCCUCACUUCUCAACGUGUCAGGAUCCGGGAUUGAAAGCGCAUUUCUACCUGGAUACGAACGCAUCGGAUCACUAUGGAGGUCUGUCGAGUCCGUCAAGGCGUGGCUAGACGCUUUUUACAAGCUUCCUGCAGCACAGUGUUUGGGCCUUCCGUUUCACUUCUGGUCCCAAUUAAUUCGAUGCACCACGAUUUUAAAAUACCUGACGACUCUUGACGAUCCGGCUUGGGAUUGCCAGGCGGUACGGCAAAAAGUCGAUAUCAUGGAGGUCCUGGAGUGGAUGUCGAAGAAGCUCAAUCUGAUCAGUGAGGAGGCGGGGCUCCAGUCUAAUGAUGAUCUCUUCAAGCUACUUUCCAAGCUCUUGAGUGGGUCUCGCGACUGGGUUGAGGCAAAAGUCAAGACAUCAUCAUCUCAGAUGCCAGCCAACGAGGUCCUUCCUGAUAUUCAUACAACUAGUUUGGAGGCUGAAAUACCAGAUCUGGAUUAUAUACCGUGGUUGCAAUCCAUGGAUCUGGAAAAUGACAAGUGGUUUGAGGAAGUGCUGGGCUGGUCACCCACCGCUUUCUGA